CCCCAGCACGCGUCCCCCGCCGCGACCGGGCCUCCGCCGCCGGCGCUGGAGACCCUGCAGGCAGAGCUCAGUUCCCCCAAAAUUAUAAAAGCAGGAAAACUCAAGACAAGGAAACCCAAUAAGGCCAGUGAUUUCAGCGAUAUGGCAAACUGGCCAACACCAGGAGAGUUAGUGAGCACUGGAAAAACCUUUUUGCAGUCUCAGAGUGUCAUCAGCCAAGGAAAUAAGAAGCCACAAAUUAGAAAAGAAAAAGAAGAGAAGGUUGAAAAGAGGAGUAACAGUGAGAGCAAAGAAAACCGGGAAACAAAAUUAGACGGUCCUAUUGAAAAUGUGAGUGAGGACGAGGCCCAGUCAAGCAGUCAGCGGAAGAGAGCUAAUAAACACAAGUGGGUACCACUGCACUUGGAUGAUGUAAGACCAGAGAGUCAAGAGAGACCUGGAUCCCGGAACAGCUCUCGGUGUCAACCUGAAGCAAAUAAGUCAUCCCAUAAUAACAGGAGAAAUGACACACGAAGUUGGAGGCGAGACAGAGAAAAAAGAGAUGAUCAGGAUGAAGUGUCCAGCGUGAGGAGUGAGGGGGGUAAUAUCCGAGGUUCCUUCAGAGGUCGAGGAAGAGGACGUGGACGGGGAAGAGGACGAGGCAGAGGAAACCCUCGAGUAAACUUUGAUUAUUCGUAUGGUUACCGAGAACAUGGUGAAAGGACGGAUCAGCCAUUUCAAACAGAAAUUAACACCAGUAUGAUGUAUUACUAUGAUGACGGUACGGGUGUACAGGUAUAUCCUGUGGAAGAAGCAUUGCUUAAAGAGUAUAUUAAGCGUCAAAUUGAAUAUUACUUCAGUAUAGAAAACUUGGAACGUGACUUCUUUCUUCGGAGAAAGAUGGAUGAGCAAGGUUUCCUGCCUAUUUCCCUGAUUGCUGGAUUUCACCGCGUUCAGGCUCUCACCACAAACCUUAAUCUCAUUUUAGAGGCCCUGAAGGACAGCACAGAAGUAGAAGUUGUGGAUGAGAAAAUGAGGAAAAAGAUAGAACCAGAAAAAUGGCCAAUCCCAGGCCCCCCUCCCAGAAGCGUGCCACAGACUGACUUCUCUCGGCUGAUCGACUGUCCGGAGUUUGUGCCAGGCCAAGCCUUUUGCUCACAUACAGAGUCUGCCCCAAAUUCUCCAAGAAUUGGAAGUCCACUGAAUCCAAAGAAACACACUGAAACAAGUCACCUUCAAGCAAUGUCUAAAGGUCUGUCUACCAGCUUGCCUGACUUGGACUCAGAGCCUUGGGUGGAGGUGAAAAACAGGCAUCGCCCAGUGAAAUUAAAGGAAUCAACACCUGUACCUGAGGAGGCAUCAGAUCGACUGUAUCUUCCAGAAGCAGAAGAACUGGAUUUCUUAUUUGAUGAGGAAAUGGAACAAAUAGAAGAACGAAAAAACACAAUUACUGAUUGGUCUGAUAACGAUUCAGAUUAUGAAAUUGACGACCAAGAUUUGAAUAAGAUUUUGAUCGUAACUCAGACGCCACCUCACAUGAGAAAACACCCUGGAGGAGAUCGAACAGGCAGCGCCUCGGCUCGGGCGAGCAUCACCUCGGAGCUUGCCAAAGUGAUCAAUGAUGGCUUGUACCAUUAUGAGCAGGACCUGUGGACGGAGCAAGGUGGAAACACACCCGCCGCAAUAAAACAGGAAGUUGAGAACUUUAAGAAGCUAAAUCUCAUUAGUAAAGAGCAGUUUGAAAACCUAACACCCGAGCUUCCUUUUGAGCCAAACCAAGAAGUUCCUGUAGCGCCUUCACAGUCCAGGCAAGUGGUCUGUUCGUUGCCCGCGGCGGUUCCAGAAUCUCCAAGGGAUAAUCCUGCAAGGACACCCAAGACCCCCCGAACACCCAGGCUGCACGAUCCUGACAAAACACCCAGAUUUUAUCCUGUUGUUAAAGAACCAAAAGCCAUUGAUCUACAGAGUCCCAGGAAGAGAAAGACGAGGCACAGCACAGACCCCCCUCUAGAGUGUCAUGUUGGCUGGGUCAUGGACUCCAGAGACCACGGGCCACGAGCACCCGCUGUCAGCAGUGCCAACACUCCGCCCUCAGGAGGGGUGCCGCUGGUGGGAAGCUGUGGAUGUGCUCCGCAUUCCUUCCCUAAGUUCCAGCACCCUUCUCACGAGCUCCUGAAGGAAAACGGCUUCACCCAGCAAGUGUAUCACAAGUAUCGUCGAAGAUGUCUGAGUGAGAGGAAAUGCCUGGGAAUCGGACAGUCCCAAGAAAUGAACACCCUCUUUCGUUUCUGGUCCUUCUUCCUUAGAGAUCACUUCAAUAAAAAGAUGUAUGAGGAAUUCAGACAACUUGCUUGGGAAGAUGCAAAAGAGAAUUACAGGUAUGGGUUAGAAUGUCUGUUCCGGUUUUAUAGUUAUGGACUGGAAAAGAAAUUCAGACAAGAAAUUUUUAAGGAUUUCCAAGAAGAAACCAAAAAAGACUAUGAAUCUGGUCAGCUAUAUGGACUAGAAAAGUUUUGGGCCUAUCUGAAAUAUUCUCAGUCCAAGACGCAGUCCAUUGACCCAAAACUUCAGGAAUACCUCUGUAGUUUUAAGAAGUUAGAAGACUUCCGUAUUGAUCCCCCUAUUGGUGAGGAAUUUGGAAGAAAAAGAUACUCGUCCACUUCUGGUGAGGAGAGCAACCGGCACAGACCCCCGUCUCAUUCUCCAAAGCCACUAAAUGCUGCUGCGCCUACAUCCACCAGUCAGCUCCUGGUGCCCGCCAACUCUCCCAGAGGGAAUUCUCCACAGGAGUUCAGCGACUCGCACCAGAGCCGUGCUGCUUCCAUCUCAAUGAAUGGCGAAGUGCCUGAGAAGUAGACUCUUAUGAAAGUUGUGUGUCCUUGAAAUCAACAUUACAUCAGUAUUUAUUUGGGAAAAAUCUUCUGAUGUUUAAUUGUGAUAAUCCGAAAAAGUAGAAAGGAAGAAAUAAGGUAGCAUCUUUUCUAGCAGGCUAAAUUCCAAAAACGUUUUCCCUGUUUUCACAAACCAGGAUAGUUUUGGUGACCUUUUGUAGACAUCUGCUAGUAAUGCAUUUUGGUCUCAGUAUUUCUUUAAAGCCAUUGUUUACAAGAACAGCAUUCCUUAAUAUAUUAAAAAGCAAUACAAGGAAUGCUUAACAUUUCAGCUCUUACUUCUUAAAGAAGAUAUAGUAUGUUGUAUUCAUCUCUCUAGAGCUCUCUUAAAAAAUCCAGUUGCCCCACUACCAAUUCAUAUUUGAACUUAUCAAAA